UCUGUAUCUUUGAGGGUGAUGUAGCAUCUAAAUUGCGGCCAAUAGAGUUACUUGAACCAAGCGCACGGGAAUCUUUGCAAGGUGUAAUUCCCAUCUGAGCCAAUCACAAUAAAGCAUGCUAAUUUGAUUUGAACCAAUUACAAAGCAGGUCUUGACAAUUUAAAAUUUGUGGAUUAGAUGUAAUUCCAAGGAAAGUGUUUGUCCCUUUCAUUUUCCUUACUUUGGGAAAUAUGAGAUCAGCGGUAUCGUAGUAUCCGAUUAGUGCCUGAGUAUAUUUAAUUUCUGUACCCGUUACCUUCCCCGUGUUUGUUGAAAUGUCUAGAAAGGGGGCAAGUAGACUUGAAACAGAAAUGCAAAUUUGGACAAGAGCAAUGGGUAUUAUUCCUGGAAGAAACUCAUCGGAAGUUUUCAGGAAACUUUGUAACAAUGAAAGAAAGGCAGUGUUUGAACGUGUCAUGAGAGAAAUACGACCUAGUCAUGAAGUGGACCAUAUACGAAAGAACUUGGCUUUAAAAAGAAUGUCACAGAAAGCAGAACAAAGACAAAUGCUUGCAGCAAAAGAAGAGGAAAUACAUAUGAGGGAACAUGAUUUUGAGCUGGCUCAUCAAAGAUUAAAAGUUUUGAACUGUGAGCUGCAAGCUAUAAAACAGAGAACAAGAGAUCUGCAUACAAAAAAGUUAAUAUUAUGUUAUAAGAGGCAAGAUCUUGAGAAGGAUGCAGUAAGAUAUGAAGAAUUAUGCGAGGUUGCAAACUUCUUUCAAGAACCAAAAGAAAGUGGUUCCGGUGAUGUACAUUCUUCUUACAACAAGCAUACAGAAAAUUGUCGAAAUGCAGUCUGUGAAUGUAAUGCACAGAUUGUAGAGCUUCACAAACUAUACAAGAUGAAAGAUUUGGAUUUGGAAAUUUUACAUGGAAGAAAAAAAUCUGUGUUGGAAUUUGUGCAUUGUCAGAUGAAGGACAUUCCCAUAAUGAAUAUCUGGCAUACAUUACUGCAUUCCAUAGAUUGUCUGAACAAGGAGCUGCAUAGCCUAACUCAGAGAGAUUUGAAGGAGUCUGAGCAUCUGCAAUCUGUGAAGGAAUGUAUUGACUCAGAAAUGAAGAAAUUCAUGAAGUCACAUCUGGAGUUAUUUGCAGCCCAUCAUAGUCUUCAGCACAAGAUAAAUUCAAGUAACAGUGAGUGUGACACACUUCUUGACAGGACUGCAGAAAUGUUGCAGGAGAAGAUGCUUGGACGUGAACUUAGUGAGGAUGUUCAAGAAUCAGGCAAAGUCAGAGAAUGGUUGGAACUGCAAAUUAAGUUCACAGACUUGGAUGUCAUUAAGAGUGCCUUGCAGCAAGAGAUAAAGAAUUUAAAAGCAAAUGUAAAUCUCUCAGACAGUUAUAUUCUGCCUUUGCAAGAAGAGGAAGCUAAAAGAAUAAGCAAAGAAAUUGAAAGGGUGCAGGCAGAUAUCAGAACUAAUUAUAUGUGGCUUACAAGGUCACAUGCAGGCCAAACUGAAACUGAAGAGAAACUGAAACAGGAGAUCACAAAGCUGUCAAAGAUCUUUGCUUUGGAUGAGCAUGGUGUGACAACCCUGGAUGCGUCAGUGAAAGGGCUACAAAAUGCAGUGGAGCAAGAGUUGAAGGAAUUCAUGGCACUCCCUCUUCAUUUACUUGAAAAUGUCACUCUUCCCUUAGGUUCUGUAAUACCUAGCAGUCAGCAAAUCCUCAAAUACCAUCACCACCACCAAUACACAGGCCGUGAGCUGGCUGAUGUCCUAACAGCACUGGAAGGUGCUCCUUCUGCUGCACCCCAUAGCAUUGCACUUCAGUUCCUGGAGAAGAAGCUGUACCUGAACUUUCUGAACAUGGCAGAAAUGAACACCAAUGAUUUGAAGCCUUCAUUAGCUGUCUUGGACAUAUCUUAUAUGAAGAACAUGGAUAAUGCUGCUACAACUGCAGUAACUGAGGCCGUAAAAUUAACAGAGAAGUCCAUCGAGGGAUGCAGAGUAGUUGCAGCAAGAGCAGAGGAUAACUACAGAGCCUGGCUUGAACAUCCUCUACAACAUGCUGUGCCAGAACAUCUGCGAAUUGAUGAGAAACAUUUCGAGGCAUGGCGGUGUGAAUAUGACAAUUGGCUUGCAGCUUUGACUGACUUAGAAAGUGAAGAGCAAGUCCCACAGAUAUAAUAGUGGACAUGUUAUGAAUGCCAUUGCCACUGAAUGAGUUUAGUAUUGCUGGCUCAUACUGUGUAAUGGAAAAGAAUGUUGAUUUUGAUCCUUGCUACUCCACAUGAAACUCCAUAUUUGAGCUUGUACAAGAUGAGACUUAAUACCAAAGGACAUUAAUUUCUUUAGAAAGUACAAUAUUAAUUGAUAUUCAUAGUCAAAAAAUGGUCCAGACAAUAUUUGUUAGUAUAAAUGACACAUUAUAUUUCUUUUCUUUGAUAUGCUGAGACAUUCUUUAGAAAAUAUUUGUUAUUUAAAAUAAAUUCUGGUGAUAUAAAAUAUGUCUUGCAUUUAAUGGUGAGGAUUGAAAUAAAGGUACACUUUGAGUUUUGA